GUCAGGUGUGACGUAAGCACGUGUUCUCCACGCAAGCGCCGCCCCUUCAUCACAGUCGUGUUUGUAUUUACAGCUCAACUUUCCCCAGCUUUUAUCAAUAAACCGCGUCCAAACCCAACGGAAUCGAACCGACGCAACGACAUGGCCUUUCAGGGGUCUGAGGAGGUGGAAGAGCAACUGGAGGAGCCGGAAGAGACGCUGAGAGUUUCUCCGGCGGAGGAAAUGCCCAUCGACGGGCCUCCGGCGGCAGAAGAACCGGAGCCGCUGCUACUGCCGUGGGACCGUUUCUCCGCCUGGGUUCACUGCAUCUGCGUGGUCGGCUUUGAUCUGGAGCUCGGGCAGGCUGUGGAGGUCAUCUAUCCUCAUCAUUCCAAACUCAGUGAAAAAGAGAAAACCAGUAUAUGCUAUCUGUCAUUCCCAGACUCUAAUUCAGGUUGUCUGGGGGACACGCAGUUCUGCUUUCGUUUCAGACAGGCCGUGGGCAGAAAAUCUUCUCUUGGAUGUUUCCUCGACCACUUCGACCGGGAUGCACCUGUCUGUCUCAAGAGAGAUCAGGGUUAUUACUACGGCCACGUGUACUUCAGACAGGUGCGAGAUAAGACACUGAAGAGAGGCUACUUUCAGAAGUCUCUGGUCCUCAUCAGCAAGUUGCCGUAUGUCACAUUCUUCCACUCUCUUCUGAAGCUUAUCGCCCCUGAGUACUUUGAGAAACAAGAGCCAUGUUUAGAAGCCGCUUGCAACGACAUCGACAGAUGGCCCACGCCGAGCCCUGGGAAGAUUCUCACGCUCCCCAUCAUGGGCGUGGUCAUGAAGCUUCGCAUCCCCACGUGUUACGACAAGCCUGGAACCUCACAGCUUGUUCAGUCGGCACCGGGUGACAGUCUGGUGUCCAUUGUUCUGCCGACGGUUCAUGAAGUGGAUCUCUUUAGGUGCUUCUAUCCCGUCUUCUUUCACAUUCAGAUGUUAUGGGAGCUGGUGUUGCUCGGUGAAGCUCUGGUUGUCAUGGCGCCAUCUCCAGCAGAGUCUUCAGAGACGGUCUUGGCAUUGGUCAGCUGUAUCUCUCCUCUGCGUUACUGCAGUGAUUUUCGGCCUUAUUUUACCAUCCAUGACAGUGAAUUUAAGGAGUACACCACCAGGACUCAGGCACCGCCUUCUGUCAUUUUAGGAGUGACAAAUCCCUUUUUUGCCAAAACUCUCCAGCACUGGCCGCACAUCAUCCGCAUUGGAGACAUGAAGCAAACAGCAGAGAUGGCCAAACAGAUGAAGGUGAAAAAACUAAAGAACCUGAAGACUUUGGACUCGAAACCUGGUGUCUAAAGUGCAUAUAAACCUUUCCUGAACAAAGACGAGGACAUUAUCAAACAACUCCAGAAGGGGGUUCAGCAGAAACGUCCCUCUGCGGCCCAGAAUGCAAUUCUGCGGCGAUAUUUCCUGGAGCUUACACAGAGUUUCAUCAUACCACUGGAGCGUUAUGUGGCCAGUCUGAUGCCUCUACAGAAGAGCAUCUCUCCCUGGAAGAGUCCUCCUCAGCUGCGGCCGUUCAUUCAGGAGGAGUUCAUGAAGACGCUGGAGAAAGCUGGACCUCAGCUCACCUCACGUCUCAAAGGAGACUGGAUCGGCCUCUACAGGCAGUUCUUGCGUUCUCCAAACUUUGACGGCUGGUUUAGGAACCGCAGGAAGGAGAUGACACAGAAGCUGGAAGCUCUUCAUCUGGAGGCGCUCUGUGAGGAAGAUCUACAGCUGAGAAUACAAAAACACACUGAGGUUGAAACUGUUGACCUGGUGCUCAAACUGAAGGAGAAACUGACGCAGGCAGAGAGAGAUCCACUUCCUGUCAAACCAGGAACUCUGGGCAAACUGCAGGCCCACAUCGACACCAUCGUCCUCUCGCUUCCGGAAGACCUGCAGGGCAUCUUACAUAAACCUCCGAGCCCUUGACCCUUAGCUGACACUCAAACAGUCCAGACUGUGACUUACAUAGGGUUAACAGACACAAACACCUUCCACACGUGAGUGGCAGAACGUGAUGAAUUUCUGCUGCAUCCUCAUCCAAGUGCACUUGUUGCCACGGACCCGAAUGUCUAAACCGCACGGACGACGGCUCGGGUUGAGAGGGAGCAACGCUGGCAGAAAUGACACAUGCUUUAUACUGUAAGUCUCACUGUGUGAGAUGGACGUUCCCUUUAGUUUUUAAACAUGAAGUUGCUUAUGACGGUCUAAAGAUCAUGAAACAGAAUCGUGGACCUGUGCGGUGGAAAAGAAAAACGGGACACCGGUGAUCCUGAAGGAAGAAUGUUUCCACAACCUUUAAAUGUGUUUAGGUGUAGUUUCUGUCAAUUUCAAUAAGCACGAAAAUCUGUCUUUAUAUUCAGAAAAUAAUUAGAAUUAGUAUAAAAUAAAACAUUUGAAUUCGGAAAGAGGAAACACGUCGUAAGGAGUCUUAAGGCAGCCAUGAUUUUCUUUUGAAAAAAUUAUGAUUUCAUUUGGGGUGAAAUCUGGUCUGGACAUGUUUCAAUGAGAACUCAUUUUGAACCAUGGUCAUGGGUAUAUUGCAAUAACAAGCAGACAUUUUAUAGAGAGUACAUUCCCUUAACAAAAACAAAAAAAACACUAUUAACCCAUGAGAUGCUUACAGAGACAAUAAUGCGAAUGUGUUUUGUCUCGAAAAGGUCAAUUAUUGCAGGUUUCUGGCAUUACAUUAUGAAAUGCAGUGACUUUGAUGAACUGAUUUCUCACAUUUUAAAUGAAUUUAAUGUGUUUUUUAACUGACUGAUAACAGAAAGUAAAAUCUUUCAUUUGGCAAGAAAGAUCACUCGUUCCUUGAACAGAAAGAACUGGUUUAGUUUUCACACCUUGACCCAUGCAAACCUGCGGCACGAGGUUUCUGGUCUUCUUUUAUCCACAAAUCAUGUAUGGUCUUUCAGAAUGACACUGUAAUGGUUUCAGCUUUUCUUACACUGGCUUGAAUGUGGUGCGUCCUACUUUUUACGUCUUCUGAAAUGUUUGGACCAAGUGUGUGUUAUAUUGAGAGUAGCGAUGCUUUAAUGUUAUUUGACAGGAUGAAAUCUCAUCAUACUGCUGCUUGAUGCACUUUACCUGUCAAAUGUGUCAGAAGACGGUAUUUAAAUCAAACCACAAAUGAUGAAUAUACAUAUUUUCUGUCUUACACCACAUUCCAUGUAAAGGAUAAUGAAUCAGUCGGACAUGUGAAGCUUUGUGCCUGCAGCUAAAUGCAAAUGCAGAAACCACCAAAGACCGUCACACUUCUGUGUACAUCUAACAGAGUCAUUUACACUGUUUUCAUGCUAAUGCUUUAUCAGCAGAUGGUGUAACGUGUGGUAAAGUGUAAUAAUGUCACAGCGGAUGAACGGUUAGAACGCCUUACAGAUAGACUAUUUCAAACAAAGCUGUUCUAUUUCCUUCUCAUUAAUGAUCAGUAGUCUAAUGCUGGUGUAAACCUGUGAUAAAACUGGUUGUUGGGCAACCAUUUAUGUUUUAUAUUUAAAGAACAAACAUAUUUUAACAUGCUUGAAUUUUAUAACGUAUAUUCUGACAAGGCACAAAUAACAACACGCUUUUGACACGACGCAUGUUUGUUAUACUGAUGGAGAUUUUCUAAUGGCUGUAUUUUUGAUCCUGGUCAUUUCUAUUGGUUGUCAUUGUACAGAAUGUGUAAUGUGUUGCUAUGGUAAUGUUAUAGAAUGAUAUCAAUGGAAAAUUAUGAUUUGUGGUCAUGCUGAUGUUCCACCGCAGUUAACUUGAACUAACAAUGAAUACAGCAAAAAACACAUUAGCAUUUAUUAAUGUUAGUUAAUGUUAAUUUGAUCAUUUAUGUAAUAUCUGGUAACAUGAGUAAAUGCACAAUAACAAUUGUAAUGGUAUUUGUUAACAUUAACAAAGAUUUAUAAAUGCUGUAAAAAUAUAUUUCUCAUUGUUCGUUCAGGUUAUACAUCAUGUUAAUGAGUGGAACCUUAUUGUAAAGUAUUUUUAUGUAACUAUCUGAAACAAACCAUUGUAUUAUUUUGGCAUAGACAAUAUUUUUCUAUUAAAUCCAUAACCACUGUUUUUGAUUAACGACAUUAUAAACGUCUGUGACACGUUAUGUACAAUAGCCCUUCCUGAAAUUAUUCUGUUACCCUCAUGAAGAACAAGUUUAUUUUUUCUAGUUGUAAAUAAAUGUCAAUAAUUGAGCUGUGUUAUGCAUA